UCCUUUCAAUCACAUGACCAAAACAAUAUCAUGGCUGCCAGUACGGCGGCCAGGAUGAGUGUGGGGUUGACUUUGAUAUUUUCCCGAAUUAAUACAGGGUUUAAUUUCUGUAAUUUACCCAGGUUAAAUACCUGCGCGCAUACAAACCUGGGGUCGACGAAGGGAGGCAUCUUUGAUCCUUUUCGAAACCUCUACCGAAGCGUGCAAACAUCUAACUGUGUGUAUUUCAGCGAGAGCGUGAACACUAGUGCAGAAGACUCUGAAGAUACUGUUAAUGUGGUUUACAUCGACCGGUCGGGGAAGAGAAUCCCAGUCAAGGCCAAAGUGGGAGACAAUGUACUCUUCCUGGCUCGCCAGCAUGGAAUAGAAUUAGAAGGAGCGUGUGAAGCGUCUCUGGCCUGCUCCACGUGCCACGUCUAUGUGAAGGACGACUACUACGACAAGCUCCCCCCGCCGGAGGAAAGGGAGGAUGACAUGCUGGACAUGGCUCCAGUGCUGCAGGAGAACUCGCGACUGGGUUGCCAGAUCAUCCUCACCCCUGAGCUGGAUGGCAUUGAACUGACGUUGCCUAGGGUCACACGCAACUUCUACGUGGAUGGCCACGUGCCCGCCCCCCACUGAACUUCAAACUGAGGCUUGAGUGUGCUUUGUCGGCCUCUGGAGGCGGCGGAGGUAAUCCUUGCCUGAGCGCGCCUUCUGAGUGUCCAUGUUGUAUGUACACAGCCAAUGACGCACAGCAAAUCAGCCCCUGGUGUUGAGUGGCUUGGGCCUGCCACUGACAACCUGUAGUCGCCCGUCGCCUUUGUUAAGGUGGCCCCUGCCGCCGCCUGCCCUCGUACUGCUGUGAGCUGGGUGAUAGUCGUCCCGAGUCCCUUGCCUGUGGUUUAUUUAGCUCUGUAUCCAGUGUGCGUUCAACAUGGCAAAUUAGCUACUGUUAGCUAACUUUCACAAACUAAUUGUUUUCAGACUGUUCCUUAACUUUCACUGAUGUUAUGGAACAGUCUGAAAAGGCAGUAUACAGAUGAUGCCGAGGGGAACAAUAAGGCUGUUAACAAUUAGUUUAAAUAAAUGUAGUAUUUUUUAAAACAAACCAUGUAUAAUCCUUACUUAAAAUUGCUCUCCUUCUCGUCCAUCUUAUUGAAAUCACUGUCAUUGCUGAACCGUGCUACAAAGGAAGGGUUUGCCACUGAUGUUCCUGUUGAAUGCACAGCAGGUACUACACAAUCAAACAGCGCAGACCAAUAGAGACAGCAGGCAGGAUUACUCCAGUGUGAUCGUGAUUGCGGUCUGUUCAUAACAAAGGUAGAGAUCUUUGUCAUCGAGAUCCAAUCUGGAGCCUGAAUCAUCCAAUCUGGAGCCUGAAUCAUCAAAUCUGGAGCCUGAAUCAUCAAAUCUGGAGCCUGAACCAUCAAAACUGGACCCUGAACCGUAACCUGACCAAGACUCGUGACCCUUUCAUGUUGCCUUCCACAGUAGUCUGACCAAGCAAUCAGCACGACCCUCAUAUUGGGUUUGAAAGCUCAGUCCCUGUGUACGCUUUUUUUUUUUUGGUGCGCUUCUCCCCUGUUGGGAAUGCUCAGUCAUACACAGCCGCACUCGUGCCGCAGUCUUCACAGCAGAUGUCAGAGAGCGUACACAAGCACACGCUCUCCUCUGAAGCGUGUGAUAUCACCAACUGCUCAUUUCCAGAGGCAGUCGUUCAUGUGCAGCUUCGCCAAGCAGACCACAGGCACCUGAUUGGACGGUGGGCGGUCGCUAGAGAGCAAUAAGAAACAGAUCCUAGUUGACUGAACCCUCCCUUACCCUUAGCUGUGUUCUCAUAAACUUCUGUAGGCUUACAAAAUAUGCUUAAUUGCAUAAGCCAACUGUCAGGUCCAACGGAAAAUACACAAUAACUGGAAUAAUAUAGAAAAAACCCCAGAAAGUGAAUUGUUCAUUUAAUUGGCAUUUGACACCUUGAUGUUCUAGGUGUCAUCAAGCUGGCUGUUUGGAUCACAAGACCAGGUGUUAAUGUUACUCACUUAUCAUAUAACAGCUGUACAUCAGUUAUGUCAUUAUAUCAGUUCAAGGGUAACCCCUUCACUUUUUUGGUUGAUUUCAGAUGUCUCAGGACACAGAUGCAUAACUGAUACCUAUUGUGGAGUGUGCAUCUUAAAAGGUCAAGGAAUGCUGCAGGUUAUCUUUCUUAAGAACAGAUUUGCACCUGAUACCAUUGAUGAGGUCACUUCCUGUCCCUAUAGACCUGAAAUGAAUCAAGGUGGAACAAUAAGCUAGGCAGAGGUUCUAAAAGAUUAAGUGUUUUCAAUUAGUGUGGUGCAUCAAAAGUAUCAGUCUCUAUAUUUUCUCCUGCAUUUUGAAUGAAUAGGUGCAUUUCAGUAGCAGAGUUGCCACGGGAUAUGCAAAAACGGGUCUCACAGGUAUAGGGAUUCUUACUUCUGCAGGUGUACUUGCAUAGGAUUUACCAAUGGCUUGGCCUUCCCUUAACGUACUGUAAAUGUCAGAACCACGCACAAAUGUUUUUGUUAAUGUAUUGUACAUUUUUUUAUUUGUAAAAAUAAAUUGUACUACAUAUUAUAUUAAAUGAUUGCCUGACGUUUUCUGUUCUGGAUUAAACUUUUUUUUUU